ACAACACAGAGUGAUGAAGGCAAUGUGUUCCUCACAACACAGAGUGAUGAAGGCAAUGUGUUCCUCACAACACAGAGUGAUGAAGGCAAUGUGUUCCUCACAACACAGAGUGAUGAAGGCAAUGUGUUCCUCACAACACACAGUGAUGAAGGCAAUGUGUUCCUCACAACACACAGUGAUGAAGGCAAUGUGUUCCUCACAACACACAGUGAUGAAGGCAGCAGCAUCGAGUUUGUGGUCACAGGAGCAGACGGUGAUGUUCAGACCAACAGCAUCGCGCAGGCUAACCGCGUUUCCCCAGCUUCGGUGCAGUGGCUCAAGGACAAUUACGAGCCGGCAGAGGGCGUUAGUCUGCCACGGUCCACCCUCUACAACUACUACAUCAGACACUGCGCCGACCACAAGCUCGACCCUGUCAACGCUGCUUCCUUUGGCAAGCUUAUACGCAGCGUCUUCAUGGGUCUACGAACUCGUCGACUGGGCACCAGAGGCAACAGCAAAUAUCACUACUACGGUAUACGCGUGAAGCCUACGUCGCCGCUAUUCAGCCUCAACGAUGACGGAGGACAGUCUCCACCACACCAAUCCCCCGACUCUCCAUCAGCCAAGAAGAUACAUUCAUCUCAGGGAAGCUGCAGCGCUGGCAAGACAAGCUCUGCGUACGGCGAGUCUGGCGCUUACGAGCGCCCCAUGCCGGCUGACGCCAGCCCUCAGACGCUAGCGAACCAACAGUACCUGGGUGACAGCGACAUGCUGGCUUUCCCUGACAUAGAGUGGGGCGCUAACCCACUGCCGCCCGGUGUGACCAUGACACACGUGAACACCUUCUCGGACCUGUACAGGGAACACUGCAGCACACUGCAGGAUGCCGUCCACGCUCUCAAGUUCUCUGCUGUAGAGAGCAUCUGGAAGAAGUUCUGGCAUAUGGGAGGCAACAACAAUAAUAACAACAACGACGACGCAAUGGACGUCAAAGAUGCGUUUCUCUCACAAAUAGACGAAGAUGAUGAAAAUAAUCUUGCCACUAGAAUACCGCCUGGUCCUUUGCAGGCUCUGAUGCGGGCGCGUCCUGUGCUAGAGUUCGUGGAGACGGCAGACUACGCGCUGUACCAGUGUCUGGUAGACGUGCUGGUGCCAGACGUGCUGCGCUCCAUACCAACGAACCUCACGCAGUCCGUCCGUAACUUCGCUAAGAGCCUCGAGGGUUGGCUUUCUCAGGCGCUUCUUGGGUGCCCUCGCCAAUUACAACACCUCAAGAUCGUCGCGGUAUCAUCGCUGGGCCAGAUGUUGCGUCGCUACACGUCCCUCAACCACCUGGCGCAGGCUGCACGCGCGGUCCUGCACAACGGCGAGCAAAUACAACAAAUGCUGCAGGAUCUCAACAGAGUUGACUUCCAUAACGUUCAUGAACAGGCGAGUUGGGUGUGCGGGUGCGACGAGGCGAUAGUGUCCCGACUAGAGGCGGACUUCAAGGUGACGUUACAGCGGCCGAGCAGCCUCGAGGACUGGGCCAAGUGGCUCAACAAGCUCGUCGACGACGUCCUCGAGCCUCACCGCGCACAGGCCGACUUUCCUCUGCAUGCGCGCCAGUUCCUGCUCAAAUGGAGCUUCUACAGCUCGAUGGUGAUCAGAGAUCUCACCUUGAGAUCCGCGGCGUCGUUCGGAUCUUUCCACUUGAUCAGGCUGUUGUACGACGAGUAUAUGUUCUAUGUUGUCGAGCGCAGAGUGGCCAACGUGCUGGGCCGCACUCCCAUAGCCGUCAUGUCUGAGUUUCUGUCAGCGCGACGGGAGAACUUCUCUGGAGGCCUCAGUCCCAGCGGCAUAUCCAAUGGAGACCGCAGGCAGGCAAUCAACGGAGUGGAUCCUGAAAAAAACGAGGAACCACAGCUCAAAAAACUAAAAUAUGAACCCACCUAAAUAAUAUAUCGAUCCUCGAUUUAUAAAAAAACUGGUGAACAGUUUUUCAUCUUACGAUUCCGCAAUGUUUUGGCGCACAUGAAGCUCAAUGUUUAGGUGCGCGUCAAGUAAAAUUCGAGAUACUUCAGGAAAUAAAUCUGAUGAAACUUAACGAAAUUCAGAGUGUAGGUCAUAUUAUAGGAAGAUUUAAAAAAGUUACUGAUUUAAACUACGGUCUUUUGUGCACCUCAUCAAUAUUGUCCACAUCAGUUAUUGUCCACUAAAAAUGUCUUGUCCACUAAACUAUUGUGAUUUAUUGACAUUUCACUAUUGUCUACAUGUCCACUAAAAAUGUCUUGUCAAUCUCGAGAAUGCCUUUAGUGGGCUCAAGCAGCGACCAAUUUAGGUCAAAUACAAGCAUUAACCCUAUUGAGUGAGGAGCUGUAGAACAGUUCACAUGGUGUGUAACUGUUCACACCUAAACUCGGAACACUUUCCUAAAAUUACUCGGAUCAACCGAUCGAUAUUUCGAUCAGUCUUGAUGACGCAAAUAGAUAGUACAACCAACGUGUGUCCAACAUUCAUAUUUCGAUUGUACAUAAAAAAGCAGAAGAUCGAUGUCAAUAUUCGUAGUAGCAUAUAAGACAUGACAGAAAAUGUGUCCAGGUACUAUAGUCCUAAUGAAUUACUGACCGCCGCAAUACAAGAGCGUUGUCAGCUCCGAAACCAAGAGCUCAAUCUAACAACAGUUUUAGUCUAUUUUUGUAAAGAGAUUAGCAUGAUGUUGCGACCUCGUAGUCUUGCUCAGCGUUCAUCAUCAUCAUUAGUACAUUUGAAAUACAUCGGUGACUGGCCAUCCAUACAAUUAAUUCAUACCUACUUUCAUUUUCUCGCCCCUUGCAAUUUAGCGAAAGAACCAAAAAUUUUGAAUUUUUUCAAAAUGAGGAGUUACCUAAUUUUAUUUCUGAAAAUUUCUGUGUAUACCCUGCAAUUGAACUACGAAUAGGCCCAAUUAUCUGCAUCUAUUAGUACAGAUUUUGAUGUCAAAUGAAAUAAUUUCACCGAUUUGAGUGUAAUGCACGAGUGGCUUCCAUCUAAAACUAAUUUAAGCUGGUGUUUAUUGCUCACUCAUUUAAAAUAAGGCUUUACUUUGCAGCAUCCGUCAUGCGUGGCGGCGCCCGCGGUGCAUUUUAUGCGUCGCUUAAUUUAUUAUAUUAUUAUUAUUAUUAUUUUAAUGCCGGGCAGGAAAAGUUGUCUGCUUUCGGCGUGCAGUAGAUAUUUUUAUGGCUGAAUUUUGGCAUUAAUAGAAGAAAAACCGGGAAAUUGCCAGAGAAAUGUGUAAGGAAUAAAGUCAAAACUAAAAAUAUAAAAAAAAUUCAGCUGUAGAUCAGAGAGCUUCAACGGUCAUCGCAAACGAUAUAUUUUUUGUUCUUAAUUAAUGGGUAAAUUUCCUUAUCUAUAUGAAAUGAAACCGUCCUACACGAAAGCGCGGCAAGUCCAGAAAUGGCCCCCAAAGAGCUUAAGCUAAACGUUAGCGUUACUAGGAAUGAAGUCUAGCAUCUUUAACCAGUGUUGGUGAGGCGAUUUAUUAACUUGGCGGUGAAGAAGGCUUUAGCAGUGAGUCGAAAUACAGUGAAAAUCUGAAAAUUCCUGGCAAACGCUGAAUUUACUCGUGUUGCACGCGUGGCGGCAAAUCUCUUCAGCUAAAAAUGUAGAUAAAGUAUAAUGACAAUAAAUGUUUAAUUAAGACAAGUUUCCUAAUAGACAAAUAGUGAAAGUUGACAAUUCUGCAAGCCAAAAUAACACGAGAUUUCAAUUCCUCUCUGGACAUUGCAGCCUCACAAUCUUCUGCAUUUGAUUUACUCUGAACAAUUUAUGAAGAAAAGUUUUGAAACAUAUUGAAACCUAUUGGUACACAAUAUCAAUGUAUAACUAAUAAAAAUUUUCAUCUACUGUACGUGCGAAAAUGGAAUACAAAUACACGUGGCAUUGUAAAAGUUACAAGUGUUCUAAGCGUCGGACACUGGAACUAGAAACGCUUGAAAAUUGUUCAACUAAUUGCACAUAUUUCGGCAGACAACUUUAGAUUUGGUGAUCCGAGGGGCAUUUUCUGCAUGUGUUUAAGCAUUUGUGAUAUGUUUUGUAACUAAUUUUAAAUGUACCUAAAACUUAAGAGGUCUACAUGUUUGCACGUUGUCAACAUGACCGGUUGUGAACUAAUAAACUUGAUACUUCAGG